CACCAUGGCAGACCGAUUCUUUUCUGACUGUGCUCACAUACCUUACUGUCAGAGAAUGCAAAGACCUCCAAAGAACAUUGAAGAAUUUUUAAAAUUUCAAAAUUUGGAUUAUUGGCCAAGGAAAAUUUCUUUUAAAGAUAAUGAUGAAUGGUCAUACAUGAUAAAGAAAAUAAAAGAAGAUAGCUCAUUUGCUUCAAUUUAUACACAUUUAUGGGGAAAUGGCCCUCGAAUACCUGAGGCAUUUGCAAUAGUGGAGUCAAGAUUAGAUGAAUGUUCAUUUCAUUUGAAAAACCAUGCCUCUAAAAUAUUGGAGUGGAACAAUAUCAUGUACAGGACAAGUUCUUAUGAAAAAUUACAAAGAUACAGGGCACUUCUAGCAAAAUAUCCUAAGAAGAAAAUAAUGCUUUCAGAUGAAAUGACAACAAAGAAGAGUAUAGAGGGUUCCAGCUUCUCAGGAUUCAAAUCAAAUGAACUUACUCAACUCCCCAGACAUUUGGAUGCGGAACAAAUUUAUCUUUUUAUUUUAAAAGCCCAAAACUUUGAUGAAAAAGUUUUUAAAAUCUGGAAGACUCAUUUCCUCUCGCAAGCCUCUAUUGCUCUUUUGCAUGAUUCAUUUUGGUGGUGGUAUCUCCAUAAAUUUAAGCCUGACAGAGAAAAUCAAGAUUUCUUGUUUGAUAGAAUUUCAGAAAGUUAUGUGAUACUUUUCAUGAGCAUACCACUAAGUCGAAAGGAUGCCUUUUUUCAGGUGUAUCCUGAUUGUUUGGCACAAGCUAUCUAUGCAACAUUUCAGGAAGCAUUUCCAGAAUCCAGUAAUCUCUUUAAUGAUGAAUUUAAAGAAGACCUAGGGAAUAACAUUUGUCUUUGGUUGACAGGUUUAAAACCUCAAAGAGGUUUUUGGACCCACUGGAAACUGAAUGAACUCUCCACAAAAACCAUACAUGGUAGCAAGAAAGUGUCUUCAAAAUCUCUAUCUCUAACAAGUCAAGAGUGCAUAACAACUUCCAUAAACUGCAAUGUAAUGAAAAUUUUGAAAAACCCAAGAACAUAUGCAAUGUCUACAUCCAGAGAAGAAUCAGGAGUACCAAAACUGACAGCAAAGUCCCAUUAUUGUGGCAUUGGUCCAGAAUUUAACCACGUGCUGUUCAGUUUUGGAGGUCUGAGUCCACUGAUUUUAUAUUAUCUGACCAUACAUGAGGUACCUGGUGUUUCUAAAAUCCCUAGACAAACUAAGAUUAAAUUCACUGGAAUAUAUAAAGAACCAUCACCUGCCCCAACUUACCGUGAUGUUAUAAAGGAAGCAAAAAGGCAAUUUGCAAAGAACCGAAAGGAUUUCCGAAUACUCCAAGCAAAGGCUACCAAGAAACCCUAUGAAGCUAUGCUUGACUUCGACAAGUUUCUAUAUAAACUGCGAUGUAAAGAUCGAAUUGAGCAAGAAUUUCUGACUUCACUGUCAUCAUCAUCAUUAUCAUCAACGGAAGACUACAGGUUGGAGGAAGAUGAAUGCGAAGAGAAAGCAGAAAUGAACUGUAUUUAAGACUAUUGCAUAUAAUUUAAU